AUGAAAUUAUUAUCAAAAUUAAUUUUAACAUUGGCAUUAGCAACAUAUGCUAGUGCAAGUGAAAGUUUUAGAUAUAUUAAUUGGGAUAAUCCACCACAUGAUGUAACAUUUUAUGAAGGUGAUGUUUUACAAUUUACAACCAAUGAAGGUAGAAAUUCAACCAUUACACUCAUUAGUGAUACUGAAAAUGGUGAUAAAUCAUUCGAUGGUGUUCUCAACGAAGAUCAAAGAUCAUUUGUUCAAAAAGCAUUACCACCUGGCAGAUACACUUUCAAAGAUUUAAAUUCCGGUAGUAAAUCAAUUAUUAGAGUUAAAGAAUCUAAAGAAUUAGCUAAAGAAGUCAGACCAAUUGAUCGUUUAAAGGAUAAUGCUGAUGCUGCCAAUACUGAAAAUGCUCAAAAAUCACCAAAUACUCAAUCCACUCAAAAAGGUUCUCCAAAAUCCGAUGCAAAAGAAGCAUCACCAAAAACUGAUGCAAAAGAAGCAUCACCAAAAUCAGAUGCUAAAGAAGCAUCACCAAAAACUGAUACCAAACAAGGCUCCUCUCCAAAAACUGAUACUAAAUCAUCAACUCAAAAACCAUCUUCAUCUUCCGAUUCUUCAAAAGCAAAAGCUGAAGCCAAUACCGCAGCCAACAAUGAAGAAGCUGAACAUGUUGAAAAAGGUGCUUCAAAUACAUUAAAAGCUUCACUUUCUAUAAUUUCUGCCGCUUGUGUUUUAUCUUUAGGUUACUUACUUUAA